AGCACGCUACACGCCACACGAGCUUCUCGGAGAGGCCGCGGCGCUGCGCUGGCAGCCACUCGCAGUGCGCUGCCGAACAUACUACAGUAGUGUGUUAGAGCGCAUGUUGAGGAGAGACCUGGCGCAGCUGAAGAUGGCACCGCAGACCCAGCAGCGCGACUUCCCGCACCUGCAGUCCGUGUCGAGGAUCGCCCGGCUGCCCGCGGUGGAGACCGGCUGGCUCUACGCCUCCAGCCUCUACACCAAGCUCAAGCGGGCCAGCCCACUGCUGCGCUGGGGGCUGACCACCACAGAGAGCACGGUGCAGGGGGCGCUGGGACACGCCGUGGCGGUGGCUGUGGUGUUUGAGAAGCAGAUCCACCUGGCGGACGUCGUCGUGUGUCGUGGGCUGGAUGUAGUCGAGGAGCGCCUGCCGGCCAUCGCCCUGGCUCCUGUCAAGGUGCUGGUGCUGACCAGGGACCUGGUGAGCAGCACGCUGGUCAGGCCGGUGCUGAAGAGGGCGGACUCGGUGCUGGCCAGCAAGUACACCAGCCUGGCCGCCGAGAAGAUAGACUCGGCCAUCGACAUCGCCGACAAGUACGUGGACCAGUUCCUGCCCACGGCUGCAGGCGAGAGUCCCGGAGGCGGGGCGGAGGAGAGCCAGCCGGACGGCAAGCCGGUGGCCGUGCACACCAUGCGCCACGUGAACAGGUUCUCCCGCAAGCUGCGGCGCCGACUCACGCAGCGCACCUUGGCCGAGGCCAGCGCGCUGCGCAACCUCAGCGAGGAGCUGGCCCUGGCGCUGCUGCAGCUCGCCAAGCUGAUGGCGACGGACCCCAAGGCGGUGCGCGACAAGGCGCUGGCGCUGUGGGCCGAGCUGAGCCAGAGCGAGCCCGAGAACCAGGCGCGCCCCGCCAGCCUGGAGGGGCUGGUGGCCAUGGUGACGCGCGAGCUGGCGCGCCGCGGCGUGCACCUGGUGAACCACGCCUCGACGGGGCUGGCCGCGGUGCCGCGCCAGCUGGCCGCCUGCGUGGCCGCGCUCGCCGACUACGUGGCGGCGCUCGCCGAGAUGCUGCUGCAGACCUGGCACCUGGACAAGCCCAAGGACCAAGCCAUCGCCCAGGUCAGGGAUCAGGUGGUGAAGUUCCAGCACAUCGUCGACCAGAUCAACACUUACAUCACGCAUGUUCUGGUGGAAGUGAAAGGGCAGACGGCCACACGCCCAGCGGGCUCGGCGCUGAGCAAGAUGCAGGAGCGAGCAGUGGUCUCGGUGCGCUAUGGCUGUGCGGUCCAGUGCUAUGUGGUGCUCACUGUCCACUUGUCGUGUGCCGACAGGCUCCGCGCCAAAACAGACCAUUCUAAAAGGAAGCAACUGUGUGGCUAGCCUGUGCAAUGGUGUCGAGACCUGGCUAUACUUGGCAAGUCCGACACUUCCUUCAUUUAUCCUGUGGCACUGCUUAGCUUGUACAUUAUCCUCGCAAAAUCUUUAUCCCAUUUCGUUAUACACUUCUUGAUAAGCGCGACAUGAACACUGAAUUACGAACAUGUCAAAAAAAAAGCUACGUGUCAAUACAAACUACAUAACUCUUAAUACGAAACUGUUUAUAUUACAUCAAUUAUGUUACAUAUUUGACAUCGAAUAUUUUGAAACAGCAUUUAAUGGUAAUCAAUGAAGCAGUUUUUUUUUUACUUAUAUGCAAAAGUCACUGAUUCAAAGUAUUUUUAAGUGUUUAAUAUUUAGAGUAAAUUUAGUAUCCAAAUUUAGACCUAAAUAAAUUAGGAAAAAUUAUAUUUGGUAGACAAUAAUAAAAAAUAAAAAAAAUUAACUGAGCAUAUUAUUAACGUGAAUCGUACAACACACGGUUGUCAAUCGUGGAAGCCGUCUGGAAGCCAAGCUGAAGCCGGAGGGAUGUAGGCCUACGUGUCCGUGUCAGAGAGGAUCGUGCGGGCCCAAGAUCAGGACGCCCCAGAUGUAGCCAGGACUCGACUCUCUCAGUGUGUGGCGUGUGUUGCAGAAUGGCAAGUGCGACGGCAUGGGAAGACCAGACAAGCACGCAAACAACGCAAACAACACCCCCAAUAACCUCAACUCUGUGGACUGAACAACUCCGAAACCAAGACUGACACGUAGCUCAUUCGCCUCCACGAGAGAAUGGCUGCGCUCUUUUCAAACGCUGUGCCAAAUUGCAAGUAGGAUUUCUUUUUUAUUUAUCAACUGCGGUUAAACAAUUCAAGUAAAAUAGCAAACUGAAGUAGGAAAGGUUUGAAUGUGCGAUGCACAGUCACUUUUGCGUUGUUUGAAAAGCAAGUCGUGCUAUGUUUAAAGUAAUUGGUUUAUAAGUAGUACGAAAUGUCAUUCCAGUUAAGGUUUUGUACAAUUUUACAACUUGAAUCAUUAUAGUACUAGGUAACUACUGGAACUAUAUUAAAAUAGUUAAUUAUAAGUUAAGAUAUUUCUAAAAAUUAUUAUCACCUUGUAAAAUAAUCUUACUUAAAAUAUUACGAUAGUUUAUAAUAAAGAUAAAUAAGCCUUUGACAUAUUAACUAAUUACAUAAAUUGGCUAAAUCUUGGGAAUGUAAAUGUCACAUAAAUCUUCAUGAAUAUUUUGUUAUACGCAAUUCCGAAUUUACAAAAAAAUAUUACUCUAAAGACAUUUUUUUUAAAUUGUAAAGGUCCAUUAAUUAUAUAUUCUAGAAGUUGUGAACUUUUUGAUAAAAUUUUAUGGUUUAUUUUGUAAAGAAUAUGAUUCCUGGAAUUAUUUUUUUUUUUUUACUUUUGUACUAAGGUUUGUCUGAAAGUAAUAAAGUCAUCUGUGGAUUGAACAUUCAA